AUGACUACCCUUAGAAUGUUGACACGGGCAUUGCCCAAGGCUGCUCUCCGGCAACCCACGGUCCGAUGCGCUUCCUCCCUUUCGAGACUUUCCGCUCGUCGCGCGUUAUGGCAACCGGCCACGAAAUCAUCCUAUCCUGCUUUUUCAACAUCCGUUUUCAGAAGGGAACCAGCUGGGGAAUCGGAUCAGGAACUUUCCGAGAAAUUCAACGCUGAAAGAUCACUCGAGUUAGAGUCCAAUGACUCUAGCAAACUUGCCACCAUCGAGGAAUUCCAACAAAACAGCCCAUGGAAGAUCGAGGACAAGCCCGGCACGCACGAAGUCACGCUUACGAGGGAGUUCGGGAAUGAAAAGAUCAAGAUCCAACUCAGUGUCGCCGAACUCGACAGCCUGGCAGAGGAAGACGAAUUCGAUGAUCUCGACGAGGAUGGCGCUCUUGAUGAUGAACCAGAGUAUGGUCGGGGCAAGAACACCAUCAACCAAUCUGGCGUAAGAGGUGGCAAGAUUGACGUUAUGCCUGAAGACAGCAUUGCUCCGUCCGAUCGAGCUGAGGCAGGCGAACCAGACCUGGACAACUCGCUCCCAGCCUAUCCUAUCCACUUGACGAUCACAGUGACUAAGCCUAGCAAACGAGCCUUGGAGAUUCGAGCUGUCGCAGCCGAGGGUGCCAUCGAGAUCGAAACCAUCAGCUUCUUCCCCAAGGAAUCCUUACUCGAGGCUAAGACCCCAGAAGAGGCCCAAGAAGCCCGCAGCCUGUAUGCUGGUCCACCGAUCAGCAACCUGGACCCCGAACUUCAAGCCAUGCUGGACAAGUAUCUCGAGGAGAGGGGUAUUGAUGCGCAAUUGGCCAGCUUCCUGCCGGAGUAUGUCGACUACAAGGAGCAGCGGGAAUAUGUCAAGUGGCUGGAGGACGUUAAGAACUUCAUUGACGAGUAG